AUGGUGACUCGCUUACGACUCGUUUCGAGAACUCCUCGUCACGCCAUCGCCAAGUUCGCUGAGUCUGCCUCUGUAUGCUCAUGUCGUCUCUUCUCUGCAUUCUCCGAUACGACUCACCCUGAACCCGAUUCUCAAGCCGAACAAGACCCGCCUCUUAAUCCCGUUACCGGCGAAGGGGAUCGACACGAAAAGCUGCGGAAUCUCCGAGUUCUUCUCCAGCAGAAUCGAAUUGAAACGGCGCGUGGGGUUCUCACUUCGCUGGUUCGGUCGGGUUCUGCGCCUUUCACGUCGCCGAAAGACCUCUUCUCUGCCUUCUCGCUAUCAUCUCCACCGCUGAAGAACGAUUUCUCCUAUAUGCUUUUCUCCGUGCUAACCGAAUCGAAGAUGGUUUCCGAAGCCACGGAUUUGUUCUUCGCCUUGAGGAACGAAGGUAUUUUCCCCAGUUCAGAUUCGUUAACGCUUUUGUUCGAUCAUCUUGGGAAGGCGAGGCAAUUCAGAGUGACUAUAAAUGUGUUUUUGAAUAUUCUGGAAUCGGAUUAUCGUCCGAGCAAGUUCAUGUAUGGGAAAGCAGUUUACGCCGCCGUCAAGUUGAGCGAUUUAGGUAAAGGUUUAGAGCUGUUUAAUCGCAUGAAACACGACAGAAUCUCUCCCACCGUGUUUAUCUAUAACGUCCUCAUCGAUGGAUUGUGCAAAGCGGGAAGGAUGAAGGAUGCAGAAAAGUUGUUCGACGAAAUGCGCAAGAGGAGAUUAGUACCCACUUUGAUAACGUAUAACACCUUGAUCGAUGGGUAUUGCAAAGCUGGGAAUCCUGAAAAGACUUUUAAGGUGAGAGAACGCAUGAAAGCGGAUAAUAUUGAUCCCAAUCUUGUUACAUUCAAUACAUUGCUUAAGGGGAUGUUUGAUGCAAGAAUGGUGGAUGAUGCAGAGAAUGUUUUGAAGGAAAUAAAGGAUCAUGGCUUUGCACCAGAUGCGUUCACUUUCAGUAUUCUGUUUGAUGGUUAUUCGAGUAACGAAAAAGCUGAGGCUGCUCUGGGUGUUUAUGAGACAGCCGUUGAGUCUGGCGUGAAGUUGAAUGCUUAUACGUGUAGCAUUUUGUUGAAUGCGUUAUGCAAACAAGGGAAGACAGAGAAGGCGGAAGAGAUUUUGGGGAGAGAAAUGAGUAGGGGGCUUGUCCCGAACCUGGUUAUUUAUAACACGAUGAUUGAUGGAUACUGUCGAAAAGGUGAUCUGGUCGGAGCUCGAAUGAAAAUCGAAGCGAUGGAGAAACAAGGGAUAAAGCCAAAUCAUUUGGCGUAUAAUUGUUUGAUUAAAGGAUUUUGUGAAUUGGGGGAAAUGGAGAAUGCUGAGCGAGAGGUUAACAAAAUGGCACUGGAAGGAGUUUCUCCUAGCGUGGAGACAUAUAACAUCUUGAUUGGAGGCUAUGGAAGAAAGGGUGAAUUUGAUAAGUGUUUCGACGUUCUGAAAGAGAUGGAAAAGAAAGGGACGUUGCCGAAUGUAGUUAGCUACGGAAAUCUGAUAAAUUCUUUGUGCAAACGCUCUAAGCUUCUUGAAGCUGAGAUUGUUAAAAGGGAUAUGGAAGACAGAGGGGUUUCACCCAAUGCAAGGAUAUAUAACAUGCUAAUUGAUGGUUGUUCCUCAAAGGGGAAGGUGAAAGAUGCUUUUCGGUUUUCUGAGGAGAUGCUAAAAAAGGGAAUAGAGAUGAACUUGGUGACUUAUAAUACCCUCAUUAAUGGGUUGUGCAUGGCCGGAAAAUUAGCAGAAGCUGAAGACUUGCUUCUUGAAAUCUCAAGGAAAGGCUUUGAACCAGAUAUAUACACGUAUAACUCGCUAAUAUCUGGAUAUGAACAUGCUGGAAACGUGCAGAGAUGCAUCACGUUGUAUGAAGAGAUGAAAAGAUCAGGAAUAAAACCCAAUUUGAAGACAUAUCAUCUUAUUAUCAGUGCGUGCUCCGAGGAGGGGAUAGAGCUCACUGAGAAAAUAUUUGAAGAGAUGACGUUGGAACCAGACUUAUCAGUUUACAAUUGGGUUCUUCAUUGCUACGCAAUACAGGGAGUUACGGAUAAGGCUUCGAAGAUGCAGCAGGAGAUGAUGGAGAAGGGAAUCGUUCUGGAUAAGACGAGUUACAACAGCUUGAUUCUGGGACAACUGAAAGUAGGAAAGCUGAGUGAGGCUAGAAGUUUAUUUAACGAGAUGAAAACCCGAGGAUUGAAUCCUGAAGCUGAUACAUAUAACAUAAUGGUGAAAGGGCACUGUGAGGAGAAGGAUUAUAUGGGAGCAUAUGUUUGGUACAGAGAGAUGCGGGAGAAAGGUAUGCGAUUAGAUGUUUGUAUAGGCGACGAGCUGGUAUCUGGGCUUAGAGAAGCAUGGCGGUCAAAGGAGGCACAGAUUGUCAGCUCUGAAAUACAUGGUCACAGGCUCGAUGAUGUACCAGUGGACGAGGCUCUAUCUACAAAAGAGAAGCUGUGAAAAUCAAGAAUGUGCUCUUCGCCUCUUCAAGACAAAUUUCUUUGAUUAAACCAAACCAAACCAAACCGAAUCACCUAAUCUCAGUUGGGUUUGAUUCGGUGUUUUCGACAUGAGUGAUACUUUGUCUGGGACCUUAAGAGAAAUCCACAAACUUUGUUGGGGAAUUGGACAAGUAUCGAGAAGUACCCGUAAUACAAAAUUCGGUUAUGUAUACGUUUUUACGAGUUUCUUAAUUUCUGUUAUUUUUAUCUUCAUAGGGAUUUAACGAUCUACCUAAGGUUUCAUCUUUGGUUUUCCACAAAAACAAAGAAUUUGAUCUACU